AUGUCUUGGUAUUCGGAGGAAAAUGGCAAAACCCUUCACAUUAGCCAAGAUAUUCUACGCAGCGUCCUCUAUGGAAAAUGGUGCAAUGUGUUUGGAAAUGACCGGGAGUUAACGUUCAAAGCUGACGCAGUUUUUCGCAACAAAGAUAUUUACCAAUCUGAAAAGAGUAAGUCCGCUGUUUAAUUGUAACUUAGUCGUGUUUAACACGAUGUCAAAGUAUUCUUUCUAUCAGUUAGCUUAUUUGUAGGGUGUUGUAUUAUUUUACAAUUUGCGCGCUAGUACACGCUAGUCUACGCUUUAUAUAAAAUUGGUUCAUGGUCGUGAAUAGGAGUAAAAUAAUAAUUUACGCGAAAACAACGGUGACAUUUAUCAGAUUGAAUGGUUAGUGUUCCAAGAGCCACAUACUAAACAGGAAAGGAUGGCAUGUUUAAUCGGCAAUGUUUUUAGAAUGGUUUCAAGUCCUGAACUGUUCUGUGAAGCAAUGGCUUUUAAGAAACGAAUCCGUCGGCUCGAAAUUGCGUUCUAGUAAGUUGCGCCAUAUUGCGUUUUCUAUCACCCCACCUUAACGGAAAGACUCAAAAGCCUCUACAGACGAGAGAGAGAAGGUAGCAUCUCCCUGAAUUAAACUAAACGCAUUGCGGCCUUUUGAACGCAGACCCUUCAUGAGUUAGUUAGCUAGCAGGAAAGUUAGCUACUUCCUAGUGCCGAAGGAACUUUGGCUCGAAACGUUACAAAUUUUUUUCUAUACGUUUACUAUACCCAAACGUGUGGGCGCACUGUUUUUCUAGGGGAGUGUCCU